CGACGAAAGUUAGGAAAGUACAAACACUGACGGAGAUACGCUAUUGGCACAACUCUAUUACCGCUUAUCCCAGGACGAGUAUAGUGGCCCGGCGAACCUGUGUUUGAUUAUGCGCUUGGCAGCUCAUCAGAAACUGCAGUUUCGAUGCUUUCUACCGAGGUCGGCGCUGUUUUGCGAUUGAAUGAUAUGAUAAACUACACUUCACUAUAGCCGCUUCAAUUCCGCCACAAGAUAGCAAUACAUACUUUUCUGAUCAUUCUCAACGUUCCCAGAUGCUAUUAACCCCCUAUAUUUUUCAGAUCAAAAGACGCUCUCAGGACCGGUCAUUCCACGUAUGCUAUCCGGUAUAUAAAGGCAAGUUCCACGGAAUUUCAUGUUGAGCGUCCCAUAGAUUGUCCAGUCAUGUCUUCGCUGCGUCACCAAGUUGCCACUGCGCUACGACACACCUGGUGUGGAAGAGCCGCACAGUCCUUACCUGCGCGACUGUCCUCGACAAUGUCAGCUACAGUAACCGCACAAGAAUACGAGGCACUCACUAUUCCUCCAAUCUUUGACAUUUUUGACGCCCCAGUGCGCCUGGGGGAGUCUUCCGCACUUGUUGAACGAACCGCUAGUACCAUUCGCGUCGUUGCACUCGAACGCAACGGUGAAAAAUCGAAAAAUGCCGGUAGAAACAUCACCGGAACUUACCAUUUCUCCUCACUACCUCCCCCCAUCGUAUUCGAUGGGCCUGCUCGCCCGGCACAUUUAUUGCCGCGAGCCCUUGAAAAUCGUCGCAAAAUGCGGCAACGCCUAUCUCCCUCGCCUAACAGACAGGCGCAUACCCCCUCUUCCUCCUUUACAUCUCCCUCAGAGCCUGUGUAUGAAAUAUUUGAUGGACCUUCGCGGAUAACCCGCUACAAAUACCCGACGUCGUCCUCAGAGUCUUCAUCACGGUCAUAUGUUUGCCUGGCUCUGGGUAUCUCUGGAGCCUUUGGCUGGCUGGCGAUGCAGGACCAGCUGGAUCACCAGCAGCAAUCGGGACAUCUUCAUGAUCGGGUACAAAACUCGUAGUCCUCGGAAUCAUCCAUCAUUCUCUUGGCCGUAUUUAGCCUCGAAACAAGCAUCGUUUCGAGCUAAGAUCUGCGUAUAGAUCGAGCUACGAAUAGCGCGAGCCCGACCUUGAUAGAUAGCGUGGGUUCGCAGCUCAGACUGUUGCCUCGAGCUCAGUCAUGCGGCGUUCAGA